AUGUCACGCACACCUGUGUUGCUUCUUCCCAUCGACGAUGGACCAAUACUCACUUCAGAACCUGUCAAAGUCGUUGUUGGAAGCUCCGAGACGACCUCUUUUUUGAAUGAGGCACACCUUCGUGCAAGCUCCAACUUCAACAAAAUGUUUGACAGAGACUGGAAAGAGAGGGCAACGAGGACCGUCGCAUUACCCGAGGUUAUAUCACGGCCUUUUAGUACCUACGCCAAAUGGCUUUACACUGGCUGCUUCUACACAACGGAACCAGAUGACCGAACUUACAGCAAGGAGAAGCAUCUCAACUAUGACAAAGAGUUACUUUAA